GACAACAUUGGCCCAUGCGUGAGCUCGCACCAACUAACCGUAAAAAAAAAGUCGACACUUUCGACACUAUUGUAAAAGUUACAACACGAGAUACUGCUUAAAACUUUCGUAAAGAACUAAUCUUAACUAGUGGAAAAAAAUUCAAGUCUGUUUUAAAAUGGAAGAGGUUUACUUAUGGGGGCUAAGCUCGUUCUAGUCGGGGAAUGAGCGAUGAUGCUCCUCUUGAACGAGGUUUACGUUCCUAAACGAGCUGGUCGUAAAUAAUGAAUUUUACGUGUUAAAGCAGUUUGAAGGAGAUAAUUGCAAUCAAUAUGAAUCGCAGUCAAUCUUGGAGAGCCAUUCCGUCGGAUGGUUCGGGACAAAGCGAGGGGAGGAGAGCGACUUCGCAACCAAAUCUAGCACCUGAAAGCGCAGCCGCGGUGAAAGACGGAUCACGGAGCUCAAAAUCAACUAUUGAUGAACUACGAAGAAAACUAGUACACUUGAAUAAAGAAUUAGAUCAAGAACGUGUCUAUGUCAAGCAACUAAGGCGAGAAAAGUCUGUGGAGUUGAGACAUCUUCGCGAAGAUGAACAGAGAAAAGCCUCGACCCAACUCACCGAACUGAGGUCCAAACUCCACAAGGAGAAACAGAACGAACUCACCGCUCAGAAGGAACAACUCCACAGAGAGAAAGAACGGGAGAUUAUCCAGAUUAUAAAGCAAAAGGAUGACGCAUUGAGGACUGCACAGCAUGAAUGGGCCAAGGAUAGGGAAGAAUUAAAGGGUAAAUUACGCGCCGAGGUUUGGAGUGAGGCAAAAGAGGAAGCCAAGAAAGAUUCCGAGCGCGAAAAAGUCCGACUCGAGCAAGAGAUCUUUGACCUUAGAAGGCAACGAAAAGAGGUAGAAGAUGCCCUAAAAAUUAUACAAGACGCUGAUAAAAGAAAAGCUGACGAAAUCAGAAGGAUAUUUCACGAACAUGAAGUGGAUAUGGACAAAUUCAAGCGGAAUUCUUGGCAAGAAAGCCGACGGCAGAUGUCAGAGAUUCGUCAGCUACUGAACAUCAUAGAGCAGCUAGAACACAAACUUGGAUUAGAAUCAGGACAUAUUACCAGGCUGCGGCUUGAAAAGGAGGGUUUGUACGACGAGCUGCGGCGCAAGGCUGGGUCGUUUGACGCAUGGGAUAGUAUGAUGUCAUCUUCAUUGAGACCCGAAAAUGAAAUCAAUGGGAGCACUUCUCCAAAAAUGGAUCGAACCAAUGGGAGUCAGGAGCUUAGGUCGCUCCAAAGAAAAAAUGUGGAGCUUAGCUCACUUGUCAAAAAGCUGGAUGAGAAAAACCAACAACUUGCCACAAGGAAUGCAGAGCUGAUGUCAGAAUUGGAAAACUCCAACAAAGAACACAGAGACAAGAACAAAAGGUUGGAGAAGAAAAACCAAGAGCUCACACAGAACAGCAGAAAACUGGAAACCAAGAACAAAUUGCUAUUAGAAGAACUCAAUAGCUUAAAGAAAAAGAACUCAGUAUCUAGUAAAGAUGUGGGUAUGCGCAAAGGUGUGCGCCCCCGCGGGCAGGCGCCCACAGAUAAUGAUGAGUUUGCUGCUCAUAAACAACAAAUCAAGGAACAGGCAAAAAUGAUAGAAGGACUGAAGCAAAGCCUUGUGGAGAAAGAAAGGAGAAUUGAUCUUCUAAAGGAAAGAAAUCGUAAAAAUAAGAAAUCUAUGAUACCUAGACUUACCGUCUCUAUGGAUACUGGCUCACCUGAUGAAGAUGCUGCCUCUAUCCAAUCAGACAUGAGUGAUGUAUCUGAAAUGUCGUCUGCUGAUUCUGAUGCCCAAAAGUUUAAGAAGUUAACCAAAGAGUUACUAGCCUUGGAGAGGGCAUAUGCAUUACUGCAGGCUCAGGUUGGCAGUACAAUGGACUCGGAGAGAGAGGAAAUGGAGAGACAGCAGCUUCAGUCAGACUUGAUAGAAAGCCAAGCAAGGAUUCAUGAGUUGGAGAGAAUGCUUGAUAACAGUUCUCAGGUUGGUGUUGGAGAACUUAAUCAGCUCCAGGCAGACAACAAAGUUCUCUAUCAGAAACUGGUGGCUGCGGAAAGUGAAAGGAACAGGGCUGUUUCUGAACUCUCCAAGUACAAGGAGGAUAUAAAAGACCUUCAAGAUCAGAAAGACCUGUUGGAGUUUGAACUUGAAGAAAUCUCUCAACUCUCUUGUGCAGGUUCUGAAGAUGACUUUAGUCCACUGCGAACACCAAAAGGCAGGGGGGAGAAGGACAUAUCUGUUCCAUUGUCAUUGGAGGAGAUCAAAACAUGUUUGGAAGAAAUAGAGACCGAAAAGAAUGCUCUCAGCAGCAAAGAUGUGGCGGCUCUUCAGGCAGCACGUACAAACCUAGGCAUCAUGUCACAGAGAAUCAAUCGUCUGGAAGCUACCGAAUCAGUUCUUCGAUCUAAAGUCAAAGAUCUGGAGGAAAAGAGCAACCUUGAGACGUUUGAUUCGAAGCACACAGCAAUUGCACACGAUAGCUAUGAGCUAAAUGACAUUACUGACUUACCGGAGAUCGAUCGCCAUAGUACUGAAACACCCCGCGUGCCAAAGACAUUCGACAGUCGAUCUUAUCAGGAACAUGAUGGCCAUGAAUCACAGGCCUUGCUUGAACCAAUCGAUUUGCUAUCAUGCAAGGGAGGCACUGAAAUAGAGUUCCUGGACAAGGAAUGUGGUACGGACUUGUCUUGGAGCGAUGUUUGUGAUAUGGAACGGUUCUACCAUGACUUCCUAAUGAGUGGUGAUCUCCCACAAACAACAACCCCAUAUUUCCAGGUUGCAGUAGAAUGUACAGUUAAAGAAUGUUCUACGGAUCUUUCCUGGCCUACCAUGACUGACAUGGAACGGGUAUAUAACGAAUUCUUAGAAAGUAAAACAAUUUCUGGAAAUCUGAGAGAUGUUCAAUUCGAGGACAAAGAAUGUAAUACUGAUCAAACUGGGUAUAUUGAAUCAGUAUCUUUUGUUGAGAAAGGUGAUUUUGAAGUUACCGAGAAGGAUUGUAUGACCGACUUGGCCUGGAGAGACAUCGAAGAGGCCGAAGCAAACUACAAGGGCUUUCUUAACAAUAUAGAGGAAAUGGAAGAGAAAUUGGCAACAUUCAAUUUGGAGAAAUGUAAUGAACAAGGUACUAUGACUGAGCCUUCUUGGAAAGAUGUUGAAAGCGAAAGUACAGAGACGCACGAUAAACAGAAGGCUAAUGGAAAUGAAGUUACUUCAUGUGACAUUGAGACCACUACGGAUUUUAGUAUGGAGAUCUUAGAGCAUUUGGAAAACUUUUACUUGGAGAGAUGUCAGGUCGAGCACGUUGAUCGUGGGUGUAAUACUGAUAAUGACGUCGAAUGGCCUGCACACUUGACGGAAGCUCCAAGGGUAGAUACUGAAGAUCAGGCUGUUGCUACAGAGAUUACUCUUGAAGGACUCAGGACACUCGAGCAAGGGUACGAGGACCAAGUUCACGAAGUCGAGCAACUGAAAUCCUUCUUGUUAGCGCUUGGUAAAGAUACCGACGAGAAAUCUUGUAGCACCGACUUGACACUGGCUUACAUCGAGCAGCUUGAGUUAUACCGAGAGAUGGAAGUAAAGAGUUGGAGUUCUGCUGAAGGGAAAGACAGUAGUACAGAGACUGAAAUAACCGCCAAGAAUGAUGUAGAUAUGGAGUAUGUUACGAGUAGGGAAGGUAGCAAGGACCUUGAGAUAUCGUACCUAGCAAAAGUGAUGAAGCUAGAGGCAAUCGUCCAGUCCUAUGAAGACCUAUCAAGUUCUAUUGAAGUGAAGGAUAUUAACAUAGAGGCAAGUGAAGAAGGUGCUGGAUGCACACAGAAUGGUGGGAUGGUAGAUCAGGGAACUACAACACGACUCCGAUGGAAAGAUGUUGAGGAACCUGAAAUAUCAUAUAAGGCGGAGAUUAUGAAGCUACAGGCUCUCAUGAGUAAUGAGACAAGUACUAAUGAAUGCAUGACUGAUUUGCGAUGGAAAGAUAUCCAUGAACUUGAAAGCGCGUACCAGGACUUGCUCGAGGAAAUGCAGGUGAUUUCUGUUAAACUGAUUAAGACCGAAAAUCUGGAAAGAUCCCACAAGUCGGAGAUCGAAAACCUACAAAUCGUCGUUGACUCUUACAAUACUCGCAACAAAGAGAUUAUCACUAGUGAAUGCAUGACAGAUUUGCGAUGGAAAGAUCUCAGUGAACUUGAAAGCGCGUACCAGGACUUGCUCGAGGAAAUGCAUGUGAUAUCUGAGAAAUUGAUGAAGGCCGAGGAUCUUGAAUGCUCUUACAAGACGGAAAUUUCGAAGCUACAGGCGAUUGUCGACUCGUUCAACAAGGAAACGAGUGAAACUGGGUGCAUGACUGAACUGCUUUCAGAAGACAUAGGGCAGCUGAAACUAUCUUAUCGAGAAGUACUUAAGGAAUUACAGUUGAUUAGUGAGAAGAUGGAGAAGGAUGUUAGGGAAAAGAUGACUGAAAAUAAAGAAGUGAUGACCGAGUUUUCCGUAAAGGAUAUUGAACUUCUGGAGACUGCAAAUAGCGAGGAAACAUACGUAAGCCAUGAAAGAGGUACCGAUCGAGAGAUGAUGACAAGCCUUAGUUUAGAACAAUUGGACCUCCUUGAAAAAUCGCACCUGGAUCAAUCGAGAGAGCUUCAGUUGCUUAGAGAUCAGUUGAAAGAGGGAGAAAGGAAGACUGUGGAUCGUGAAAUCAUGACGGAUCUACAAUGGGAAGACAUCCUUCACCUUGAGACCGCUUACACCGAGCAACUGGAAGAACUUCAAGUCAUCGCGGAGAACAUCAAAGAGACAGAGCCAGAGAAGCACACGCAAGCAGUCAUGACGGACGUUACAUGGGAAGACGUAACAAACCUGGAAGAGAGCUACAAGGAACAUCUGUUGAAGCUGGAGCUUCUCGCGGAGAACAUCAAAGAUUCAGAUACAGAUGUGACUGAAAAAGAGACCAUGACCGAUCUGACGCAGGAGGAGCUACUGUAUGAAGCGGAAUCAAGCAGGAAUGAAAUCCAAGUACUGAGGAAUAAGAUCGAGAGGCUGGAGCACUUAUCACAUGAUGAUCAAGUCAGGAUCGUAACUCAAGGUCCUGAGCAGAGCCUGGCUUGCGAGCUAGGUACGCUGGAUAUGAUAGCACAUCAUGAGUAUGAUGAUGAUGUUGAUGAGGUCGGUAUGGCAGGACUUCCACAGAGUCCUCCCCCUAAACAAAGCCUUGGCGGAGACUUUGGUGAGCUUGAUGCCUUGCUGCAGUACGUGGUUGACAGUGACUCUGAUGACAACGUGGUAGAUCUUCCUCAAGGUGGUGAUACUCAACUGAGUCUGUCAGGGGAGUUGCUCCAGCUUGAUGCAAUUCAAUCCUCCUCCCGCCACAGUGACGGCGACGAUGGGCUUGUCCUCCCAGCCUGUGUACAUCACUUGGAGAAGAUAAACAAUGAGUUAGAGAAAGGCGGAACUAAUGACGAGUCCAUGCUGGCAUUGGCUAGGAGUAUGGAUGUGGGAAUGGCAAAAGGUAUCCCGACAAAUCAACCGGCCGAAGAACAGCCUGAGAAUGGCAGAAAGAGUUCUGCCCAAGAUGGUGAAGAUCCCCUUCUGUCCUUGGCUUGGAGUAUGAAUAUUGCGUUACUAGAAGAUAUGGUACAUCUCGAAAACGAGUAUCGUAAUAUAAAAUCAAAGAUCACUUACAACAAAGACACUAUGACUGAACGUAAUUUGUGCGAUCAUGCCACAAAUACGACUUCGACAAUGUCUACUGACGAUGAGACCUGUAUGACAGAUGUUGUUAUGGAGGAAUUACUAGAACAUUCGACUGUGACUGAACACCAGUUAUCACGUGACAGACUGGAAAACUGGCCUCAUCGGGCAAUACAAGAAUGGGAUACUGACAUUGUAACGGAGGACUUGAAAGAAACAUCUUCUAAUAAGGAUGAUGCGGAUGACAUAUUCAAGGACGAGUCAUUCACUGAUAGUAUAGUCCAGGACAACUCUCGCAGGACAAGUACAGAGAUAACUCUGGCCGAUCUCAAGUACUUCGAGGAGCUGGAGGUCAAACACCAUGAGCUUUUACUGGAAAAUAAGAGGAUGCGAGAGCAAGACCAACAGAUCUUGUCCAAACCCGAGACUCUAGACAGAGGAGUGAGUACUGAUCUAGGAUUUGACUACAUCCGGGAUAUCGAGCUCGAGUAUAAGAACACUCUGCAAGACAAGUCCGACGAAGAAAAAGUGGAGCGAAUGGAGAUGGAAAAGUUUUUGUCAGGAAAAGAUAACUACGAGGAAAUCGAAAAACAGGACAAAGAGAUUAACACGGAUCUGGAUCUCAAUAAAAUGCUGGAGUUUGAGAAUAAGUACCAAAAAGUAUUGGAAGAAAAGUAUGAAUGGGAGGAAAAAUGUAACGAUCUGGAAACAGAGCGGGAAAAAUGGGUGGAGAAUGCGCGUGAGGAGGUGGAAGCUCUGAGAGGACGCCUGCUACAAGAAAACGAAGAAUGGCGCGAUAAUAUGAAUAACGCGUUAGAGAUAGAGCGCGAGAGGCUAGCGAAAGAGAGGGCGGACUGGGAGGCAGAUAGGAACAGUAUUACAGAACAAGAGAAUGUUCUAAUAGAAACAAAAGAAUGGGCCGAUAAAAUGAAUCGCGAUAUGGAAUUAGAGAGGCAGAACUUAGUACUAGAGAGAGAAAGAUGGCAGGAUGCGAUCAAUGAGAAGCUGGAAGCAGAGCGAGAAAUUCUGUUGCAAGAGAAAGAGGCUUUACUAGAGCUCAGUAGACGCCCGGAAAUGAUUGAUAACGAAACAGAAACUAGUUUGAAAAUAGAAGAUAUUGCAAGCCUAGAAAAGCUCAAAGAAGAACACUAUUCUUAUUUUGAUAAGAGGAAAUUUGAAGGAACUGGAAAAGAUGACAAGGAAACGGACACAGAUUUGAACUCAGAUUACUUGGAAUACCUACAGAACGUUGAGCUAGAGCAUGAUGAGAUACUACAAGAAAAAGAGGAUCUUAUCCAGGAAAAAGAUGAGCUAUUACGGCAAAAGGAGGCGCUACUUCAGAAGAUCCAUUAUAUCGAGGAAGAUCAGGAUAAGCUAGGCGAGGCUUUGGAGGAAGAACGACAGAGGAUGCUGCAAGAGAAGUCCGACUGGUUAGAACAGGUAGAGAGGCAGAUGGAACAAGAACGUGAGGUCUUUGCCAAAGAGAAAGCUGAGUUUCAAGAUCAAAUAGAAAACCAGAUUGAAAAGGAACGUGAGAUCUUGGCAAAGGCAAGGGCCGAGAUACAAGAGCAAAUGGAGGGCCAGAUUGGACAAGAACGUGACAUUUUGGCCAAGGAGAAGGAGGAGUUCAUGGAACGAAUGUACGAGGAACUUGAGUCCGAGAGGCAGAUUAUCGGUCAAGAAAAAGACUCGUUGUUGGAGAACAGCAGACUCUUGGCUGUGAUGGUGGACUCAGAAAGUGUUACAGAGCUUAGAAUGAGAGACAUUGAGAGCCUAGAGGAGGAAAAGCAGAUUCACAUGUCGUGUGAUGAUAAGGAUGUCGUCGAGAGGCAAGAUAUUGCUCUUGUAACAGACCUUAGUAUGUACGACAUUCAAUACCUUGAAGACCUAGAAACUCUACACGAAACUUGUGAGGCUACAAUCAACGAGUUACGGGAAUCGUCCAGCGUCCCCUGUGAUAUGGACAGCACAGGAGUUAUCACAGAUCUUAAUAUGUCAGACUUACAGUACCUGGAAGAGGUCAAAGCUGUCCACGAGGGCUGUAUGCCUUCUGAGGAUGUCGAUGUGUCGGAAAAAACGGACGCUAGUGAGAGUGUUGCCGUGGAGACUGAGCUGACUUCCUCGGUGUUGGACUACCUGGAAGAAGUCGCGGCCACUCAUGAGGGGAUUGUCCAGGAAUACGAAGCGUUCAGGGAGUCUAUGUUGAAGGAUAAGGAGUCUGUCUCGGUGAUGACUGAUAUGACCGGUGAGCAUCUGGACUACCUUGGCGAAAUGGCUCUUCGAGGGGGUGAGGUCGGGGAUCUGGUGCCUGGCCUAGAUGAUGUAGACAGUGCUUUGCGACAGCUCUACGACUCCGAUGGAGAACAGGAAUCAGACCAGAGAGAAGGCACUGAUGGAGAUCAAGGAACACAGCCUAGAGAAGAUUGCGCCGUCAUGACUGAGGUUACCAUUGCAGAUAUGGCUACUCUUGAGGAGGAGUUGGUCAGCUAUAGGAAGGUCAAGGAUCUGCAAGAAACCUCCUGGGUUGUUAUAGAAGGAGAGGGACUUAGUAAGGGAGUCAACACUGACUUGGAAGGGCCUGACCUGGACUAUUUAGAGGAGGUGAGAAAAUUGUACGAAGAAAUGCAAGACAAUCAAGAAAAGACCAAUAAACAUGAGGUUAACACCAUGACGGAAUUGACUCUUUGUGAGCUGGAUGAUUUGGGUCAAGCGGCUGAGGCGUAUAACAAAUUAGAGAACUCAGGGACGUUGUCCAAGCUCGCAAAGCUGAACCCGCUGUAUGAGGAUGCGGAAGUACUUACGGAUAUCCUGAUGGAAGACAUUGAUUAUUUGAAGGAAGUAGAGUCAUUAUACAGUGAACAGAAUACGAUCAAGGUGGAUGUCUCCGUCGAGGCCAGCUUGACUGGUGAUGAAUUAGCCGAGGUAGGGAAUGUUACCAACAAAACUAAAGAUUCGAGCUCCGUGAUCUCUGAAGAUAUUUGUGCAGCAGGAGUUGUACCAGUCGUCGAGUCAGUGCAACAGGACUUUAGGGACACUCUUGAGGGUGGACGUACCUCAGACGCCGCCAUCCAGUGUAGUCUAAUGGAUGUGCUGGAGCUGCUGCAGGAGUUACAGGAGCAGCAGCAUGAGGGCGCCCCCUUGUUCAUAACAGCCAUCAAGGUUAAUCGAGAUGGCCAGGGUUUUGACCCGGUGGAGGUCAUGCUCCGCCGCCAAGCUAGUGCCUCCUCCACCCCUGUCACUCGGGACGUGAGCACAGCCAAGCGGCGCAGUGCUGAUCUGGACAAACGACACAGCAGCAACAUGUCGCUGAAUCUGGACUACACCUGGAAAUCAACGUCAAGUCUGGAUGCCACUCCCGUACAGCGACUCUCAGGGCUUAGCCGCACCGACUCCCCUCAAGUACCUCUUGCUCAGGACGAGACAUUCGACCUUUCUGACCUCGAGAGCGUUGCUAGUGAACAGGCCGACGAGGUACCCGCCUUGCAUGAUGGGAAGGAUAGCUUAGUGGCGAAGUUCGACCGAUUCCUGCUCGAGCGUAAGGACUCUGAGCUGAGUAGUCUAGCCGCCUUCAAGAAUGACAUAGCGGACGGGCCGAGCGGGAACCCGAACAAUAAGGGUGUGGAGGAGUUGCUCCGUGAGAAUGAUCGUCUGCGCGCACGUAUACAAGACCUUGAGAGAACAAAGGGGGAUUUGUCUGCGGAGGAGAUGGAGUUGCUGAGGACGAAAGUGGAGCAGCUACAACAGGCCCAGCAGGCAGGUUCCAUUUCGUGUUUACAAAACAGAAAUACAAACACAGCGCAAACUCGGUUGCUACUUGUACACGAGCUCGGCCAGGGACUGGGGAUAACCGACUCCGAUAUGGAGAGCCUGCUGUCCUUUGGGCAGGAGACCAGCGGUGCUACGUCCCCCGUGGAUAGCGCGCGCUCAGAACGGUCCCAGGAUUGGUUCCACCGCAUGAUGCAGGCCGAGUCUAUCAAGUCGGAGCAGGGUACACAAGCAGGGUCUGGUGAUGCCACCGGCCAGUCCAGCCAGACAACCGGGGACUUACUGAAACUGAUGGAGCUGUCGAAUGACGGCACGAUCCCAGAACACCUGCAAAAGGAACUUGACAGGUUGAAAGCAGAAAAUCGCGAGCUUUACGAAGAACUCAUGGAUCUCCGACGUCUUAAGUUGGCGGCAGCGACCCCAUCCUUUGCCAGGCGCACGUCAGACGAGGCUCUCGCGGACGCCCUCAGAUCAUCGCGAUUUCCUGGCGGUCAACCACGUGACGCACAAGACACCCCAGUAGAAGAACACGUGGAGCCCACGUGCAGGUCACCGGUCGAGUCUGGGAUAGACUCUGUCACGCAACUAGGUGACGGCUGGGCUACUGUCACGGAUCCGCCGCCCAAAGCACCACCCAAGCGCGACUUGGAGGAGCUGUUUAACCUGACCGUGAAUAGCAGACCGCGUGCUAAAGCGAGCUCUGUGGACAUGAUUGACGAGCCUGUUGUGCCGUGCUCGCGUGGAAGCGGCCCAGACGUGGAGCUGGAGAGGCAGCUAAUGGCGCUGGACAGCAUGGACGACCAGAGGGACAGGGCUGAGACUGUUGAAAGCUUAGACUUCGUGGAAGAUAGAUCACCUCCACCUCCUCCACCAGCAUCUCCGCCCCCACCCCUCCCUGCCGAGGAGGACAACUCUCCCCCACCCCUUCCUGCUGGCCCUCCGCCAGACGAGCCCAUGGAGCUGGAGCUAGAGGCCAUGCUCCGUGAUACCUCACCGCUGCGCGAUUCUAAGGCACUGCGGGCGCAGUCACGACAGGGACGUAACGAGAGAGUCAUUCCCCAGGAGCCCCUUGUACAGUCACGGUCCGCAUCUGGCCUGCAAGCGGAAACGUCUCCUUCACUGGAGUUCGCACCGGAUGUCGAACCGAAUGGUACGCCGUAUCAGACGCGACCACAGCCUACCCAAGCAUCUAGGACCGAUGUGAAAAGAUAUCAAGAAACACCAAAGCGAGCUCCACCACCAACUUUACCAAAGCCAAAGAUGCCGGGGCUGCGAAGGGGGCAGACCCCCGGGGGUAGAGGCAUGACCACGCCCUACUACCGAGCCUCGCUGGACGAUGAAAUGGAGGCCAUGCUACCGGCGCCCGGGUCCGUCCGGUCCAAGGCGUCCGCUAUCAAUCAGGGAGAGCUAGAUGCUCUUAACGAGAAGAUCAACUUCCUCGAGAGACAGCUCAAGAACAAAGACAAUGUCCUCAAGUCCAUGAAGACGGAGGCGACUGAACUGGAGAGCCAGGCUUUGCUUGAGCGAAGAAAUCGAGAGAUCAAGAUCAUGGAGGAGGAUAUCGCUUUUCUUAAACAAGAAAAUCAGAAGAAAGAGAGGGAGCUACUAGCCAAGAUCGGAGAGAUUAAUCGUAAGAGUUACGAGGCUGAGCAGUGGAAGGCCGAAGCUAACAACUCUGAAAGGCAGCGGAAAAGAAUUGAGUCCUCAUACCUCAACUUACAAUCCCAGGCGAAGAACUUGUACGGGGUGGACUCCAAGCUGAACGACAUCCAGUCCAAGUUCACAGAAACUGAGAAAGAGAAGUCGCAGCUCCUAGACAAGGUGAAGAAGCUUGAGAAAUCCGAGAAGGAGUUCAAGCAGCUGGAGUACAACAUUACUGUUCUGCAGAAUCAGCUGGCGGGCAUGGAGUCCGUUGAGCAGGAGCGUGACGCCGUGCUUUCCAAGUUGCGUGAGGUUGAAGAGCAGCGUGACGAUUUGUUACGUAAGGGUCGUAUGGUGGAGUCGGAGCGUAAUGAUUUCCUGCGAAACAACAAGAUCAUGGAGAUGCAGCGUGACGAGCUGGAGAGAAGAUACGCCGAGGCCCAACAGGCUCUGAUGGAUUACAAGGCCAACGUUGGUGAUGCGGAGCAGACUAAGAAAGAAUGUCAGAACAAAGUGAUGGAUGCUCAGCAUGAACGCAACUUCGCGCAGGCGCAGUACAAGAAGCUUGAGGCGGAGUAUGCAGAGUUGCAGCGCGCGCUGGCCGCCGUAACGCAAGACAGGAACUCCUUAGAAAGCAAGAUCGCCGAAUUACACGACUUGAACAGGGAACACACCAAGUUAGAAGAUGGCUUUCACACUCUCCGUCUCAAGGUUGCUGACCUGACGAGGCAAAAAGAGGAUUUGGAACUGCAAAUCCCGACACUCAAGGCGAAGGUUUCGCUCCUGAAGAAGGCGUGUAAGGAGAAGGACGACUUCAUUGAGAAGCUGAAUGAAGAGAUCAAGGAACUGCGCCACUCCAUCGCCACCUCCACUCUAGAUGACCUGUCCAAGAUCAGGAGCUACGGUUACAGCCCGGAGAACUAUGUCAAGUACGCGGGGACGCGGGACUCGGACAGAUACAACGGCAAACCAGAGGAUCUGAUUGAAGCAAGCCUGUCCUACAAUGCUGAGAAGAGCCCUAAAGCAAGAUACGUCUCAGACCAGGCCUCCUCGUACCGUGGUAAGCCGUACGUUGCCUUGCUUGACUAUGACCCCACCAAGGCGAGCGUGUCUGACCACCCUGAGCUAGAGCUGCCCCUGAGAGAGGGUGAUCACGUGACUGUUCUCAGUGAGAUGGACAUGAGCGGUUACCACGAGGCCGAGGUGAAUGGCGUGAGGGGCCUGGUGGCUAGUAUCUAUAUCGAGGAGGUGGAGGAUGGAUUACCGCCCAGGGCAUCACGGGAAGACAAUGUUGCCUCUGACAGAUUUCUCCAGCAGCCCGUGAUGUUUGACACCCUGUCCAGCGGUCAUAGCACCAUGUCUGGAGAGUCAGAGCCACGUGACCGUAUGUGCUUCGUGGCGUUGUGCGACUAUAACCCUUAUCAACAGUGCACCACAGGGAGACCGGAGAUGGAGCUACCCCUAAGGAAGGGCGACAUCUUAACGGUCACAGGGAGCCCGGAUUCAAGAGGAUUUUACAGCGCCGAGAUGGACGGUCACACCGGCUUAGUUCCAGCAAACUGCGUUGAAGAGGUGUCAUCGUCUUCCUUUCUGCAGUCGUCGCCAAGCAAGGCCCCUGAGCAAAUACUUGGUGUUCUAGACAGCAUCAGGAUUCCACGAUCUGGACGGUCUCCUCUUUCUCCAUCCCCGCGCACCCCUAUCUCUUUGUAUCCAGGCAACAGCAUCGUCCCUAUAUCACAGGUAACCCAGCCUGUAAGGGCCGCCGCCACUGCACCCGUCAGACCGAUCUUUACUGCUCAUAUGUCUCCUGCUGAGGCUGACAAACUCUCGGCUCCGAUACUCAACGGCAACCACACCGUAACCAGCGCGACCUCGCCUCCACUGCUGACCACCCACGCGCAUCAUCACAGUCUCCAGACCGUGACCAAGCCUAAGGCUCGAAGGACCAAGCCCUCGUCACAUCAGCCGACGCCCUCUAAAAUACGAGCAGGCUGCCCUUGUGCUCCAGGCAGCCUUCACGUCUUACGACCCGUCAAUAAUGACUCCCUUCUGGUCGGUUGGACACUUCCGGACAUGGACGAGUUCGGACGCAGCAAUGGAGUCCCUAUCUCUGGAUAUAAGGUCUAUGUCAAUGGUGAAUACAAGAUGGACGUGCGAAGUCAACUGAUGGCCAAGGCUCUUGUAGAUGACCUUGACCUUCGCUACCCGGUACAGCUUUCCAUCAUGACUGUAGGCGCAGAUGGUUCGUGCUCCAGUGACGUGUCUACAACCUUCACCAACACCAUCACGGGCUCUAGGAUGUCAAUUCCGCAAGCCAUACAAGGAGCCGACGACACCUCCAAAUGGCGCACAUUCGUAGCGUUGUAUGACUACGACCCGAUGAAGAGCUCCCCCAACACGAACCCUGAGUUUGAAUUGGCUUUCCGCGAGGGAGACAUCUUACGAGUGGAGGAUACUUCCCGUAAGGACGGUUUCUACUUCGGCUCGCUACAAGACAAGAAGGGUCUCAUCCCAUCUAACUUUGUGGAAGAAGUGGCAGUCGCUACUGCGCGUGCGCCAAGCGACAAAGCUUUGAAGCGUCAAGUCUCCCGCAUGUCACCAUCGUCUACGAACAGACAAGCCAGCGGUACAAAAGCCAUCGUCUCACCAACCUCCCCCACCCCUCCCGUGCUCAGACAGAAAAUGGUCGCCCUGUAUGACUACAACCCCGAGACCCAGUCCCCCCUGAGUAACCCAAGCGCCGAGCUCUCCUUCAAGAAGGGCCAGGUGGUCACCAUCCUAGGGCCCAUGAACUCCGAUGGCUACUACCAAGCAGAUAUUUCUGGCCGCCGGGGCCUGGUACCGGCUAGUUUUGUCGAGAGUGUGGCCGAGUCCCCUCGCCGUGUUGCUUUUGAUGGUAGUAAGUCGCGCAGCUAGUAGGGCAUUUUAAGGAGAGUGACUUUACUCAGAAUAAAAUCAUCCAAAGAACCAGUGCGUUACUAGCGGGUCGGGACCUUGGUGUUUAUUUAUUGGCCGUUUAUCUACAAAAUGCAUGAAUUUUUAUCUCCGAACGAAUUGUGCAAUGAUAUGAAUUAUUGUGUAGAUAUAGACUAUAAGUACAAAACUGUAUUAUUAUAAUUAAUCUUUUCUUGGUAGAGGAAUUUUUAUGCGUAAAAUCUUAAGCCUUGGAAAUUAAGACUUUGUAAUAUAUUAUUGUAGAUAGAUAUUUAUAGAUAUUGACAUUUAAUGAAUUUAUAGACAUUCUAAAUUCCCUUUCGCCCAAAUUCCCUGUAUGUCACGUCGUUAUUUUAAAUUCAUUUCACGGCAUCUUACAUACUCCACUCUGCAAAAGCCAUUGUACAGUAAAGUAAAGUAGAGUAAUUAUAGUAUUUAUUCUAACAGCUAAAUAAAGUAACAUACCCUGCUUUUAUUAAAAUUAUAUAACUGUA